AUGUGCAAAGGACUUGCUUUCCUACCUGCCAUUUACUUGAAGAGUACAAAGGAUAUGAAGCAUCUCCUAGGAUUCUUGCUCCAGAAGACAGAUUCCUGCAAUCAAAAUUCUUCCCUUAGCAAGAAGGAGAAAGCAUCUUCUUCUCAACGAGUGAGCCAUGAGGAAGUCAAGAAGUGGACUAAAUCCUUGGAAAUCCUGAUUACUCAUGAUUAUAAACCUGGAUUCCUGUACAUGGAAGGAGACAAACUAGAACAUGCUGGAGUCUACAAUAAAUUGCUUUAA